CCGGGGAAGCAUGGCCGCGGGAGCAAGAGAGCUGACUUGGUACGUUUCUUCUGACUGAUACACCACUUUGUCCCCCCCCCCCGCCCCUUUACUGUCGACCGUGCUCUGGCUAUCCGUCAGGUGACGAACAGGUCUACGUUAGCGGCUCGACGAGGACAGAAUAUUAUUUAUUCGCAGACCGAAGACGCUUUUCCUCCACGCAGCGUGCGGACAGCUGCGGGUUCCCUCCAGCCCUCGCUCAGUACCGCCGCGGAGUCUUCAGACGAGCCCCGCGACCACGAACCCCACACCGGGAGAGUUUUUAAAAGAGUGCCGCGACGACAGCCGCGGGAGUCAGCGAGGUGGUUGUUUUUGGGGGUACGGUUGUUUUUUCCCCCUUACUCUCUGUUGGAAGACGUUUAUUUUGGUUCGGAGUGACACAGGUUGUCACUUCUCGGGGCAAUUUGGCUCCCGAGUUUCAGAAAGUGUCGUAGCGCGCAGUUGGAGAGACUGGGGAUAAGAUUGCUGCAAGCGGGUGUUCCCGCAUCUCGCGCUCCGUUAAUAGCGCGUUUUACUUUGUCUUUUUUUUCUCAAGAAAACCCAUCUUCAAGAUACUACCCUCACUCAUGCCUAUUUUUACAUAUCAGCGAUUUCAAGAGAUGCGUCCAUUUUUUCUACGCGGAUAGAGUCGAGCGCCGAGUCAAGAGCCACGCAGAAGAGGACAUCGCAGAACCGCGCCGCUUCUCACCAGACUUAUCAGCGCAAAGUUGGCCUCACGCCGCAAGUAAUGGACUAAACGCUCACCCUGCGUGGCGUCUUUUACAGGUGAUAAACCUCCUCACCGUGCGUCACCCCUUUGACCAAAAUCAAAGGCAGCGCCCAGAAGGACUUUAAAGCUCCUCCAAGUUUUGGAGAGCGAUGUUGCAGGUGGAGAUGUUCCUGCUCCUGUUCCUCUUCAUUCGGAUGUGCGUGUACGCUCAGGACCCGGCGUCCAAGGUGGUGACCGACCGGUAUGCCGUCUUCUGGAACCGCACCAAUCCCAGGUUCUACCGCGGGGACUACCACAUCGACGUGUGCAUCAACGACUACCUGGACGUGUACUGCCCGCACUACGUGGGGCCGGUGUCUGACGACCGAGCCGAGCGCUACAUCCUCUACAUGGUCAACUACGACGGCUACAGCUCCUGCGACCACACCGCCAAGGGCUUCAAGCGCUGGGAGUGCAACCGGCCACUCUCCCCCAACGGGCCGCUCAAGUUCUCCGAGAAGUUCCAGCUCUUCACCCCCUUCUCCCUGGGCUUCGAGUUCCGCCCCGGCAGAGAAUACUACUACAUCUCCUCUACUGUUGACGAGCGUGGAAAGAAAAGUUGCCUGCGACUGAAAGUGUUCGUCAGACCUGCAAACAAUUGUGUGAAAAGCCCUGGCAACGCGCAGGAAGGCGUCGAUUUUGAUGAGCGCAGCCACAAUUCCCUGGAGCCGCGAGACGACACCAGCCACGAGGCGGCCGAGCCCUCCCGCGGGGACGUCAGCUCGGCCGGGCGGAGCUUCAACUCCCAGUGCCUGCUCAGCUGCUCCCUCCUCUUCCUCCUGCUCCUCUUCGUCCCAGGGGGGACCCCUCUGUCUUUAUAGCGUCGAGCACGUC